AUGCCUUUCUACAAAAAAGUUCAGUUGAAAGUUAUACACGACUCAAAAUAUGGUGUCGAUGAGAAGGGUGUAUUCGCAGUGGAAAAAAUUUCCAAAGGUGAAGAAUUAAUAUACGAAUACGAUCCUUUGGUCGAGGAAUGGCCAUUUUAUCUUGAUAAUGAUAAACGAGGUAAAUACACUAAAGCAGAAUUAUUUAAGUUGAUUGAAAAUAACCCACAAUUAAGCAAACUUAUUACUCAUUACGCAUACAUGGUUGAUGAUGAUUUAUUCAAUGUUCCACUCAAAGAUGUAAUUAUGGAUUCUGAAAACGUUGAGGAUUGUGAAAAGCGUUUUCCCCAUACUAUAUUCAUUAACCAUUGUUGUGACCCAAAUAUUGGCUUUAUUGAAGUCACAACAUGCCACGCACUACGAGACAUUGAUAUUGGUGAAGAAAUAACAUUCGAUUAUAAUUGUAUUGAUACCGAAAAUUCUCUUCGCGCUGGAACAAAAUGUCAAUGUGGAUUAAAAGAGAAAUGUCGACAAGUUCUUCGCAUGGAUCUUUAUAAAGACCCUGCGUGGCGACAAAAAAACGAACAAUAUUGCUUCCCAUAUGUUAAAAAGAAGAUCCAAGAGUUACUACAUAACAACGAAACAAUUGCUAAAACUGCUAUAAUUGAGCAGCAAAUGUCAAUGCCCGAUGCUAGUAUGUUUUGGCUUGAUGUCCUCCAUGGUUAUCAGCUUGAUCGAUCUCUAUCAUUACCAUUUGAUCGAUAUCGUCUUGUGGGUGAAGAUCGAACUGGUCGUGGGAUAUCUGUUUCCGUCGAUUUCGGUGAAGAUCUCUUACAUCAUCUUCUUCAUUAUGCAUCAUCAAUGAAUAUAAAACUUGAACAUCUUGUAUUUGCCGUUUACUAUGUUUUUAUGUUCAAGUUAACAAAUGGAGAGACGGACUUGUGUGUUGCAGUUAAAACCGAUAGUCGACAUAGAGACGAAUUCAAAAUAAUGAUUGAUUUGUUCGAAAACAUCGUUCCAUUACGAUGUCAAUUAGAUCCUCAUUGGUCUUUCCGGCGGCUCAUCGAACAUAUUUGUGAGAUAAUAACAGGCACUAUGAAAUAUUCUUACUUUCCUCUUAAACGUAUUCUUGCCCAAUAUUCGAAUGCUUCAAAGCCUGCAUUUCUCGACAUAUUAUUCGAGUUUCUGUCAAUGACCUCAAUCAGAAGUAAUGACGAAGAAAUCAUGAGCAACUUUGAUUUUUCUCUCACUAUGCAACAUAAUCCGGAAACUAAUCAACUAUCAUGCACAAUUGAUGCAUCACUCGAUCUGUUCAAUCGAAAUACAAUUGAAAAAAUUGGACAACGAUUUCAUUCGAUCUGCAAACAAUUGUUUGCAUCUACUCAUGACCAAACAAAUCAAUCAAUCUAUGAACUAUCAUUAGUAAUGCCCGAUGAAAGAUUGCUCAUGCAAUCAAUGAAUAAUACACAAGUGUCAUUUCCUUCUAGCACUUGUAUUCAUCAAGUGUUUGUCUGUCAAGUCAUGAAACAUCCACAAAAACUAGCUGUUGAACUUGAUGAACAAUCAUUGACAUAUUGUGAACUUCUGUAUUAUGUUAAAGUAUUGUCUUUUCAUCUUCUCAUGAGACAUCUCGUCGUUCCAGGUGAAAUAAUAUGUCAAUGUGUUGAGCGAAGUCUAUCAAUGGUAAUUGGCAUUAUGGCAAUUGAGAUGGCUGGUGGUGUUUAUUGUCCAUUAUCACCUCGAGAUCCACAACAUCGUUUGCAUGCACUAAUACAACAAACUCAAAGUCGUCUUGUUCUUGUUCAUCACUUAACAAAAACUAAAUUGAGUAAUAAUUUUAUGUUGUUUGACAUUAGUUUAGUUUUGUCUAGCAGCAAUACUGUUAGAGAAAAUGAUAUUAGUGGGCUAGGAAAUAUAUCGAUUACACCCGAUCAUAUAUCUUAUAUCAUUUUCACAAGUGGUUCUACUGGAGUACCAAAAGCGAUCCAAAUUCGACACCGAAACAUCAGUCAGGAUAUUGAUUCCAUGGCUUUUGUUGAUGCAGUUAACAGCAAUGACAUAGUUGCACAAACUGUACGUUGUUCUUUUGAUGUUCACGUUGUAGAAAUUAUAGGAACUCUCAUACUUGGAGGAACUCUAAUUAUGCUUCGUCCUGGUGGAAUUUUAGAUCUGAAGUAUUUCAGCGAAGCCUUCACUCCUGAUCUAAGUAAAGUGCUGACAAGCAACACAGCAGAAAAAUGUCACAUAUGGAAUAUGUACGGGCCAGGAGAAACAAUAUACUCCACCUUUCAACAUAUUGAUCCAGCAGCAAAGAUAUCAAAGAUUCCCAUCGGUUUACUAAUGCCAAAUUAUCUAUGUCACAUUUUGAACGCCGAUAUGCAAGGUAUUAUCCUUGAUGGAGAGGGCGAACUGUAUUUAGGAGGAGUGGGUGUGUGUGCUGGUUAUCUUCAACGUGACGAUUUAACAGCAAAAGCACUUGUUGAAAUAAACGGUGACGUAUUUUAUCGAACAGGUGAUGUUGUUAGAAUGGAUUGUAAUGGUUUGCUUCAUUAUAUGGGUCGAAAAGAUUUUCAAGUUAAAUUGCGUGGACAACGAAUCGAACUAGGAGAAAUUGAAGGAUGUUUACUUAACAUUACAUCCAUUUCUGUUUGUAUUGUCAUGAAAUGGAAUGAUGAUCAUUUAGUUGCUUAUGUCCAAUCUUCUUCUUCUCAUCUGAAUGAAGAACAACUACGUCAGCAUUGUGAAUCUUAUCUUCCAUCACAUAUGAUUCCAUCUUUCUUUGUUAUACUUGAUAAGUUACCUUUAAAUGCUAAUGGAAAAGUAGAUCGAAAACAACUUCCCCCACCUCACUUCUCAUCAAUACAUCGCACAAAUAGCAUAGAAUUAUUACAACCAACAAAUGAUAUUGAACUUAGUAUUCAUCAUAUUUGGUGUGACAUAUUCAAACUAAAUCAAAUCUCAACUGAUGCAAAUAUAUUUACUAUUGGUGGUCACUCAUUACUAAUGAUAGAACUUUUUCAUCGAUACAAGAUCGAGUUUUACUUAGAACAAAAGCAAAGUGGUUUCUCAAUAUCAAAUCUAUUUCAGCAUCCAACAAUUAUUCAUCAUGCUCAACUCAUUCAACAAUCUAUCAAUAUCAUCCACACUCUCAAUGAUUAUCCUUGGUCUUCAUUACAUCUCAGUCAAGGUAAACAAAGCUACUUAAAACAGAUAGAAUCAUCAACUAUAUAUAUGUAUUCAUUCUUUUUUCUCAUUCCAGCUCGAGCAUCAUUUGCACAGGAACGAAUCUAUUUAGAUGAACAAAUUCGUUUUUCAUCAGAAAUAGCAAUGAAUAAUAUGUAUGCUAUUCCAUUCCUUUAUCGUAUAUCAUCUAUAAAUGAUUAUAUAUCAAUCACUCGAUUAUACCAUGCGUUCCAAAGUGUUAUCACAAAACAUAGUAGUCUUCGAACAGCACUCUUUGUUAAUACAAGUGGUCAUAUCAUACAAUAUUGUUUAGAUACAAAUAUCAUUUUCAAUGAUGAUACUAUGAAAUCACAUGGAUUGACGAUUAUUAAUAUUCACAAUGAUGAUCAUCGUCAUAUGAAUGAAAUUAUUUCAGAAAUAUUAAAUCAAGCUGAUUUAUUUGAUUUAUCAAAAGGUCACGUUGUUAAUUGUCAUAUUCUUCGUCAUCAGCAAUCAAACCUUUCAUUUACUCAGAAUAGGGAUCUAUUGACUAAAGAUGAUCUCAUAUUAUUUACCAUUCAUCAUGCUUACUUUGAUGGAGCAUCAACACCAAUCUUCCUUCGUGAUCUUUCUCUUGCUUAUCAAUCUAAUGACAUGUUCUCUAUAGAUGACAAUUCAUUACAAUAUAUUGACUAUUCUACUCAUGAACAUAUCAUGGAUAUGACAUUAUCUCAAGAGUUUUGGCAGUUAGAACUCAAAGGAUGUAAUCUUACACACCAAUUACCAUUACCAGUUGAUCGACAACGUUCAUCAACUAAUCAACAACGAUCGGGUGUAGCAUCCAUAGCUGAAAUCAUUUUCGACAAUGAACUAUGCACAUCAUUUCUAAAUUAUGCAUCAUCACAUCAUCUCACACUUUUUCAGCUUGGAUUAUCCAUAUUUUAUGUAUUCCUAUUCAAAUUAACUCAUGGUGAAACUGAUCUAUGUAUUAGUUCUAUUAAUGCUAAUCGAUAUCGAAAUGAAUUACAAAAUCUAAUCGGAAUGUUUGUUUCAACAUUGCCAUAUCGUGUAGAAACUGAUUCUCAUUGGUCAUUUGAUGAAGUAGUUAAGCAUGUUCGAGAAAAGUGUUUAUCAAUUCUUGAAUAUUCACAUUAUCCAUUACAACAUAUUCUUGUUGAUAAUCGAUUAAAUCAAUCAAGCGUAUCAUUUCUUGAGAUAAUGUUUGCUUUUAUUAGUGUAUCAAGAGAUGUUGAACAUGUAUGUUUGAAUGAUGUCAAUUUAGAAGGAGUGCCGUUAGAAACAUCAUAUGAAGAGGCUAAAUUUGACUUCUCUUUAACAUUUGUAUACAAUCCAUUAUUAGAUAAUAAGAUAUUAUCAUAUCAUUUUGUUUGUGCACAUGAUCUGUAUGAAAAAUCAACCAUUUCAACAAUAGCUCAAAGAUUUCGAUACAUGUUUGAGCAACUGUUCCAAACACAAUCAAGCAACAUUCCUAUAAUAAAUGUGAGUUCAUCGAUAAAGAAACUGUCUCUUACUCUUCCUGAAGAAGGUGAAGAAAUGGAAUUAGUUGUGUUUCAUCGGUUGGAGAAUAUUGUGAAUGAAGCACCAGCAUCAUUUGCACAAGCUCGUAUAUGGCUUGACGAGAAAAUUCGUUUCGAGCCAAAUAAACCUCAAAUAGCAACCUAUAAUAUGCCUUUUGUUUAUCGUCUUCAAUUAGAUCGUACACUAUCGGUUAAAGAGCUUCGGCAUGCUAUUCAUCUCACUGUUAACAAACAUCCAUCACUUCAUACAUCACUUUAUUUUGACAUAGAAAAAAAUCUACUUAUGCAACGAGCUAUUGCUCAUGAAGAUAAAAAUAAUCAUGAUAUGUUUUCAAUCAUUGAAAGUACUUAUGAAACAGAUGAACAACUCAAUGAGAUUUUACAUGAUGAGAAACGUAAUCCUCAUCUUUUUGAUCUUGCUCAAGGUCUUGUCUUUCGAUGUCAUAUUAUUUAUUAUAAGCAAAUCUCUUCGAAUCAUCAUCUUUCUCUCAAAGAUCUACUUAUUCUCAACUUUCAUCAUGCUCUAUUUGAUUUUCAAUCAAUGACUAUCUUUCUUCAUGAUCUUAAUCGAGCAUAUACAACACGCCAAAUAAUAUAUGAUGACAACAGUAAUCUACGUUAUCUCGAUUAUGCUCUUAUUGAACAAGAAAUGUCGAUGACUGGUGCAAGCAUGUUUUGGCUUGAUGCUCUUCAUAAUUGUAAGUUUGAACAACCAUUAUCCUUACCAUAUGAUCGAUACCGUCUCUCGAAUGAACAUCCAACUGGUCAUACAACAUCUAUUUCUUUCGAUUUUGGCCAAGAUCUCUUACAUGCCUUUCUUACUCAGGCAUCAUCAAAUAUCAUAUCAUUUGAACAUCUCACAUUUGCUAUUUGUUUCAUCUUUCUAUUUAAACUAACUAGUGGACAAACAGAUCUAUCUUCUUAUAAUCAUCAAAGUGGAGAGGGUUGGAAUUUUAGUGCCACACCGUCAAUGUUACUUGAGUGUUUUCCUAAUCUUGAUUCAGAUUUAUUGGCAAUUUGCAAGCAUUGUGAAGAUAUCAAAUUGUGGAAGCUGUUUAUUCAUGAACCAUAUCCAUAUUGGGUAAAAGGCUGUGUAGCAUUGCUUGGAGAUGCUGCACAUCCAAUGCUACCUGAUCAAAGCCAGGGCGCAUGUAUGGCGAUUGAAGAUGCGGCUGCACUAGGUAUUAUAUUUUCGCCUAAAUAUUGGGGCAAUAAAAUAUUCACGGUCGAGCAUGGCUUAAAGAUAUAUGAAUUGUUAAGAAAAACAAGAGCAACACGAGUUCAAGAGGCCAGUUCGCGUGUGCCAGAAAACUUUAAUGAAAGAAUUGACUGGAAUUCACAAAGAAAUCAUGAUAACCAACAGAGUGCAACAACAAUAUUAACCAUUGAUGAAAUCAACGCUUAUGACAUGGAGAAACAUCUAGACGAUCUUCUUAACUAG